AUGGCCGCGGCCACCCCGGUGAGCAGCCUGGAGGAGGAGGUCAGCUGCCCCAUCUGCCAGGGCGCCCUCAGGGAGCCGGUCACCAUCGACUGCGGCCACAACUUCUGCCGCGGCUGCCUCACGCGGUACUGCGAGAGCCCGGGCCCGGCCGCGGGGGCGCCCGCCUGCCCGCUCUGCAAGCAGCCUUUCCGCGCCGGCGGCCUCCGGCCCAACUGGCAGCUGGCCAGCGUGGUGGCCAACAUCGAGCGCCUCAAGGCGGGGUGCGGGCCGGGCGCGGGGGACGCCUGCCCGGAGCACGGGGAGAAGCUCUACUUCUUCUGCGAGGAGGACGAGGCGCAGCUGUGCGCGCUGUGCCGCGAGGCCGCGGAGCACCGAGCCCACGCCGUGCGCCUCCUGGAGGAGGCGGCGGGGCCCUACCGGGAGCAGAUACAGACGUGUCUUGAGUGUCUGAGAAAAGAGUCAGAGGAGAUUCAAGAAAUUCAGUCAAGAGAAAACCAAAGGAUACACUUCCUCCUGACCCAGGUGGCCACCAGGAGACAGAGAGUGGUCUCCGAGUUCGCACGCCUGCGCCAGUUCCUGGAGGAGCAGCACGGCGCCCUGCUGGCCCAGCUGGAGGGGCUGGAGGGGGACAUCCUGAGGCAACGGGACGAGUUUGACACGCUGGUCUCUGGGGAGCGGAGCCGGUUCAGCGCCCUGAUCACGGAGCUGGAGGAGAAGAAGGAGCGGUCGGCCAGGGAGCUGCUGACGAAUAUCAGGAGCACUCUAAUAAGAUGUGAAGCCAGAAAGUGCCGGAAACCAGAGGCCGUGUCCCCUGAGCUGGGCCAGAGGAUCCGGGACCUCCCCCAGCAGGCCCUUCUGCUGCAGACGGAGAUGAAGGUGUUUCUGGAAAAACUCUGCUGUGAGUUGGACUAUGAACCAGCCCGCCCCGCUCUGGACCCGCGGACCGCCCACCCCAAGCUGCUGCUGUCGGAGGACCGCCUGCGGGCGCGCUUCUGCUACAAGUGGCAGCGCUCGCCCGACGGCCCCCAGCGCUUCGACCGCGCCACCUGCGUCCUGGCCCGCGCGGGCUUCACGGGGGGCCGGCACACGUGGGUGGUGCGCGUGGACCUGGGCCCGGGCGGCAGCUGCACGGCGGGCGUGGCCCUCGGGGCGCUGCCGCGGAAGGGGGAGCUGCGCCUGCGGCCCGCGGCGGGCGUGUGGGCCGUGCGGCUGGCGGGCGGCUGCGCCUCGGCGCUGGGCGCCUUCCCCACGCGGCUCGCGCUGCGGGAGCAGCCGCGCCAGCUGCGCGUGUCCCUGGACUACGAGGUGGGCUGGGUGACGUUCGCCAACGCGGCCACGCGGGAGCCCAUCCACACCUUCACGGCCUCCUUCACGCAGGAGGUGUUCCCCUUCUUCGGGCUCUGGGGCCGCGGGUCCAGCUUCUCCCUGAGCCCCUGA